AUGACACUCCAGUGGGUGGCAGUUGCAACCUUUCUUUAUGCUGAAAUAGGACUCAUUUUAAUCUUCUGUCUCCCUUUUAUUCCUCCUCAGAGAUGGCAGAAGAUAUUUUCAUUUCAUGUCUGGGGUAAAAUUGCAACUUUAUGGAACAAAGCUUUCCUUACUAUUAUUGUCCUUUUGAUUGUUCUGUUUCUAGAUGCUGUGAGAGAAAUAAGAAAAUACUCCUCUGCUCAUAGCAUUGAGAAGAGCUCAGCCAGUACUGGUAGACCUAGCUCCUAUGAACAUACACAGAUGAAACUUUUUAGGUCUCAAAGAAAUCUUUACAUUUCUGGAUUUUCAUUAUUUUUUUGGCUAGUGUUGAGACGUCUGGUUACUCUCAUUACUCAACUGGCAAAAGAACUAUCAACCAAAGGAGCUGUUCAAACUCAAACAGAAAGUACUAAUGUGGCUGCGAAAAAAUUCAUGGAAGAGAAUGAAAAACUAAAAAGGAUAUUGAAAACCUAUGGCAAGGGAGAUCAUCAUAUGUUGGAAACAGAAAAUAAAAAACUAGUAGAAGAACAGGAAAAACUGAAGACUGAAUUGAAGAAGACUUCUGAUGCCCUUUCUAAGGCACAGAAUGAUGUGAUGGCAAUGAAGAUACAAUCAGAAAGACUUUCCAAAGAAUAUGACCGGCUCCUGAAAGAACACUCAGAACUUCAGGAUCAUGUAGGAAAAGGCAAUAAGAAAAGCCUGUGA